AUGUGGAGUGGUGUUGAGUGUGAUGAGAUGACUGGCCAUGUGAUAGGCCUUGACCUCGGCAGCAGCUUUCUCUAUGGUUCAAUUGACUCAAACAGCACCCUCUUCGACCUGCUUCACCUCCAGAGACUUGAUCUUUGGGACAACCAUUUCAACUACUCUCAAAUACCUACUGCCAUCAACCGACUUUCUAUGCUCACCUAUCUUGACCUAUCAUUUUCUUCGUUUAUCGGCCAAAUUCCCUCGGAACUUUCACAACUGUCCAAAUUGUCCAAUCUUGAUUUGUCCACCAAUCCAUUGCAACUCAAGAAGCCUAAUUUGGAAAGCUUGAUUUCAAACUUCACACGCCUUGAGCGGCUUUGUCUCAACCAUGUCGACAUAUCUUCAACAGUUCCUAAAUCGUUGGCAAAUUUUUCUUUCUUGACAUGCCUACAAUUGAGGGAAUGCAAACUUAAAGGUGAAUUCCCGGUCGAUAUUUUUCAGCUGCCCGACUUACAAAUACUCAGCGUGCGGUUUAACAAAGAUCUUAGUGGAAGAUUGCCUCCAGUACUUAAUCAGAACAAUUCUCUCAAGUCAUUGUGGUUGGCAGGCACUGGCUUCUCUGGGGAAAUUCCUUUUGAAAAACUAGCUUCUUUGAGUGCGUUGGAUGCUAGUAACUGCAACUUUUCGGGAGUGAUUCCAUCUAAUCUCAUACGUAAGUUGAACCAACUCAUUUAUCUAGACCUUUCUGAAAAUAACUUUGUUGGAGAAAUCCCUUCUUCCUUGGGAAAUCUAACUCAACUCACCAUGUUAAGUCUGUCAUCAAAUUACUUUAGUGGUCCAAUUCCUUUGUCAUUGUCGAAACUCAUAAAUUUGGAAACCCUUUACCUAUACAAUAAUGAUUUGAGAGACAUUGUCGAUUUUGACAUGUUUGUUGGCCUAAAAAACCUUACUUUCCUAGAUCUGCUACACAACUACAACCUCUCAGUGAUAGUGGUUAAUCCUGGUAUAAAUGAAACUUUUCCACAAUUCAAGGAAUUAGGAUUGUCAAACUGUAAUUUAAGAAACUUUCCUGUCUUUCUUAGGCAUCAAAAAAGAAUGGAGACACUAUUUCUUGAUGACAACCAUAUUGGUGGUCCCAUACCAGAGUGGUUGUUCAACAUUAGCAAAGAAACAUUAUCCCUCUUAUCCUUAACUGAAAACUCUUUAAUAGGGGAGCUUUCGCAUAGAGUAUGCAAUUUUAGUUCUCUUAAUUUUCUUGACAUUUCUGAUAAUAAGUUGGUUGGUAAGCUUCCCCAUUGUCUAGGUAACCUCAGUAAGUCAAUAUUGGUGUUAAAACUCCGCAGUAACUAUUUCUCCGGCAACAUUCCCAAUUUUACAGAGGGAAACCAACUGAAGAUAAUUGAUUUAGGUUAUAAUCUAUUCAAAGGGAAGCUAUCAAAAUCACUUUCAAAUUGUAAGAUGCUUGUACACCUCAAUGUGGAAAGCAAUAAGCUCAGUGAUGUUUUUCCCUAUUGGUUGGGCAUUCUUCCAGAGUUGGAAAUUCUUGUGCUGCGAGCUAAUGAACUCCAUGGAGUAAUUGGGGAGUCCAUAAAAAUCUUUUAUUUUCCAAAGUUACGAAUAAUUGAUAUGUCUUACAACAACUUUAGUGGCAAACUACCAUUGAAAUAUAUCCAGAAUUGGAAGGCCAUGACAACUACAAACAUUGAAGACUUUGGUUAUAUGAGUUCAACAUUCAAAAACACAACCAACGAUGGCUCUUCAUGGAGUUUUUAUUCCCAAGCUACAAUAGCAAUCAAAGGCAUAAAUAUGUUCUAUGAAAGAAUCCAAAAUAUUAUUGUUGUCAUAAACCUCUCAAACAAUAAAUUUGAUGGAGAAAUUUCUCAAGUUGUUGGAAACUUGAAGAGGCUCUAUUCUCUUGAUUUAUCUUGCAAUCGUCUCAGUGGUGACAUACCAUCAUCACUGGGAAAUCUGGCAGAGCUCGAGUCCUUAGAUCUUUCCCGAAAUGAGCUUUCAGGGGAGAUCCCUAGUGAAUUGGCCCAACUAUAUUUCCUUCAAUACUUUAAUGUUUCAUACAACCAUCUCUCUGGGCCCAUACCACAACAAAACCAAUUGGCUAAAUUUGAGAGAAGUUCCUACGAGGGGAACUUGGGAUUAUGUGGUAUUCCACUGCCAGACUUGUGUGAAAACUCCAAGCCAUUGGAACCACCACUUCUGUCAUCUGAAGAAAAUUCAAGCUCUCCUCUUCAAUUUGGUUGGAAAGUUGUGGCCAUAGGAUAUGGAUGUGGAUUCUUGAUAGGAUUGUUUAUCGGGAAAGUUGUAAUGGAGAAAAAUCCUAACUGGUUUGUGAUAAUGUUUAAUAUAAGAAGUUGA